AUGUUGUGGAUUUGGACACUGCUGGCUACGACGGUGGCGGCGGCCAGCGUGGAUGAGCUGGUCGGGACAUGGACGACCAAGUCGCGCAAUGUGCUCACUGGACCGGGCUUCUACGAUCCUCUCAAAGACCAACUCCUCGAGCCUAAUCUGACGGGCAUAUCAUACUCUUUCUCCGCCGAUGGAUACUAUGAAGAGGCCUUAUACCGCGCCCUAGCCAAUCCCGCUGACCCUUCGUGUCCAUCCGGAAUGAUGCAGUGGCAGCAUGGCUCAUAUGUCUUGCUGGCCAAUGGAUCCCUGAUCUUGACUCCGAUUGCAGUGGACGGGCGUCAGUUGCUCUCAGAACCAUGCAGAAAGGGCAUUAGCAGCUAUACACGAUACAACAACACCGAGUAUUUCAGGGGAUACUCUGUUCAGGUCGAUAAAUACCACGGCAUUCAACGCCUCGAUUUGACCCAAGCAGAUGGCAAGAUUAUGCAGCCCAUGUAUCUCACCUACCGACCACCCAAAAUGCUCCCUACCUCGACGUUGAACCCCAUGCCCAGAGGUUCUCGCAAGAAGCGGGACAUGUCGGGUUCCGCGUUUCAUCUGGUUAUCAAAGAAGAGCUCAUCAAUCCGGACCGAUGGUGGUGGUUUGGCGUAUUGAUGACAUCUCUGGGAGGAGUCGCGUUUUUCUGCUCGUAG